GAACUUCACGACUCGUUGCUAGCCAAAAUGGUGCUCGCAGGUGCGCAUGCUCAGUUCAGUUGAAAACGUUCGGUCCACCUUCUUUGAACGUCCUCCUUGAUAAAACGUGACUAUUGAGUUGGAGCGCUAUCCGGCGUUGACGGAGCGAACGUUCGUAAAACGUACACCUCCACACGAAAUAUCAACGUUUAAAGGGCGGCUUGGGGUCUGCUUCAACUUUGGUGUGACCACCGAGACCAAUUUUUUAAGCACUUAUAAUCUUACUUGGACUCCCAUCUGAAGGCAAAAUCUUUUUCCAAGUGAAGGAAAGCCAGAACUCGACACUCCAGUUCCAGACCGAAGACUGUCCAAUCAUCAUGAUGCAUCCCAAGAAGAAAAACUCCAUCAUGAGCUGCAUGAACGGCUUCAUCGGUGCGGUGAAUAACAUGGACCAGACCGUCAUGGUGCCCAACCUGCUGAGGGACAUCCCGCUGGACCGUCACGCGGAGAUGAGCCAUUUCAAGUCAGACCUGGACGAGGGCGACUUGUACGCCUCCUACCACCUGCUCAAGACCCUGCGCGGCAACAUCGAGUGGGGUGUAAAAGCUGCUGAGGACAAGAGGCUCACCCGAAACAACUCCUUGUCCUCCACAUCAUCAUCAUCAUCUUCAUCAUCAUCAUCAGAAAUGGAUGAAGAGGAUGACAACAUUGAGAAGCAGUUCCAGUACCACCUCACCGGCCUCCAGGGGGUCCUGUCCAAGCUCACCGUGCAGGCUAACUCUCUCACCAGCUACUACAAGCAAAGGGUCGGCAUAUAAGAAACCCUCCAAAAAAAAGAAAUUCCUCCUGCUCAUGUUAAUAUUGAGGUGCUCGACUUCUACAUGGCGUCAGUCCACUGUCGAUGUCACGAUACUGCUUAAUGCAUGUGUACACUCACACACUCGGCCCUAUAAGAUUUCGAUCACAAUUUUGUUGUUGUUUUUCACUGAUGCACUAAGGCGAAGCACAUUUUCAUUGGAUUUUGAUUGAAUUCCCUUUCUAAUUAAAUGGUCUUGCUUUGUACUUGCACUUUGUAGAAGAAAAUGGUGAUAAUCAGCUCUUAUUUUUACUAUAUGAAAUUGUAACCUGCGCUAUUUGAUGCUGGUAUCAUUCUUUGUACUCAUGAUUGUCAACAAAAUUGUAUUUUAAUAAAAUUGCAACUUUUUU